GGUGUGAUGUUGUUGCCGGCUGCCCCGUUUGUUGCCAUUCGCGUGCGCGUGUGAGGGUUGUCCGUUCGGGUGGUCAUCUACACGUGGUGCGUUUCAUGGCAGACAUCUUCYGGCGGCUACCGCUCCUGUUACUAGCAUCUCUUCUGCUGCUUCUUCUCAUCCUUUUGCGCGCCUUCGUUGUGACGCGGCCUCCUGGGCGUAGACAGAGACGACAAGUGGAUAGGAAGACGACGAUGGACAGACGGGACAGCUCCGUCGGCCAGCAAAGACGUGUGAUUGAUUUCUCCAUUCCUGAUCGGCCCCGGUCUGGCCAUCGACCUGCCGCAUAUGACCCGUCCUUGUACAGUCAUCUUCCACCGCACAAACAUCCGCUACCGCCGGAUCCGGAGGACGCCUGGGUUGAGGAUCUGUCGCACACACUUCCUCAGGGGAGUGGAUCUACGCAGGAGUGGACGAGCAGGCAGUGUCAGCAGAGGGAAGCAGGGACGACGCGUGAGUCGUUCACCGCAUUGCUGGAGGAGGGUGUCGACAACGCCGCCACGAAGCUUGUGGACUUGGAUUUCGGAUUGUGCAGCGGGAGUGGUGCAAGUGGUCCGAUCCACGGCGGAGGGGUGGUGGGAUCGCCAACGUUGGGAGGAGGAUCGUCCCGUGUCGAUGGGCCGACGAAUGGGUGUCGUCCACCGGUCCCGAGUUCCAUGGGCGCCGGGCCACUUGGCGAGUUGUCAAGGGCAGUGACACCCAUCCGCCUGUCGGUGUCUUCGCCUACAAUGCGGCAGAGGGCGACCGCAAGUGCUGCAAUCAAUGAGGGGACUCCACUGGAAGACAUCGGGAGGCAGGCGUGGGAGAACUGCCACCUACAGAUGCGGCGUGCUGCCACAGAGAACAUAACCACCGGUGUGUCCAGGCUUCGUGUGGGGAGCGACGUGGAUGCGGACGACAACCGUCGGGCGAGUGGGGACGAGUCUCCGGAUUACCGUUAUGAAGAGGACGCGGAAGACAGUGAGGGGCUGGAGAUCCGACCCGUGGCUGCGCGUGGUGGGCGGAGGGGAGGACGCGGACCUCAGCAGAGGAGCGAGUCGCAUGGUGGUCGAGGAUCAAGGGCUCCUGUGGGCGACAAGGGUGGCAAGCACCCAGCUUGGAGUGUGGAGGAGAUGCUAAAGUUCGCUCGAGCGAAGCGGGAUCAGCAAGCUCAUUUGGAGGGAAUGCCACACAACUACGGCCGCAUGCGCAACAGGGAGUGGAAGCUGUUGGACCUGCAGAAGCGGCUGGCGGAGGUCGAAGUGGACAGGACAACGGACGACAUAGGGAAGAAGUGGGACAACGUCUUCCACCAGUACAAGAAGGUGCAGCGUUACCAGAACAUGUCCGGUGGGAAGAACUUCUUCACAUUAACUCCUGCAACGAGAGCGGACGAGGGUUUCAACUUCCGAAUGCCGCCAGCAAUGGAUGGUCACCGCCAGGUGGCCGUUGGUGGAGAGUCCUCUGCUGGUGGAGAGGGGGGUGAUGGCGUUGACAAAGAUGUGGGUUCAGCGCGGGAGACAGGGUUCAGUGCAGGGAGCACGGGCACUCCAGCGAAGAGGAAGAACAUGCGGCAGCAGACCUUCGACGCCAUCGCCGAAGUCAUGGACAAACACGGUGCAUUGAUGGCGGACACGGUAGAGGGUGCGAGCAAACGGCAGUGUAGCAUCCUGGAGCGGCAGUGUGACAUCCUCGACCGGGAGGUUGAAGCCCAAAAGCAGCAGUUUGACAUACUGGAGAGGCAUUACACGGCGUCCGAUGAGGCGAACAGGAUGAUGUGCACGGCGUUGAUGGAGAUUGCCAGAGCGAUAAGGGAUAGAUCUUGAUGCCGGUGGCGUGAGGUUUGUCAAGCCGUUGAAGU